GUGUACGCACAUCUUGCUGUCGCACGCACAACUUGCUGUCGCCACCUACGAGCGAAGCGAGUGGGUGGAACACCGAGUAAGGGAUGGAUUAGGAUUACAUCGUCUUAUCGAGACUCUACUGUAGUGCCUAACCCCUGUCCUAGAAUAUACGGUGGCCGAGAUUAUUUUAUUCCGCAGCCUGUAUCAAAAGUCCAAAGAGCAAAGAGGAGACCGACGACGACGCUCCUUCCACAUUCACCAGUGAGUGAACCAAAGGGGCUUCUUCCCCAUUCACCAUGCCGCCUCGAUGUCCAACAGCCUCUGGGACUCUAACACCAUUCCUAUACCCCUUCCUCUGCACCACCACGACUCCUCGAACGCUCCCUCGCCUGGCUCAAAAAUGCUUCUCUCGCCGACACCCCCCCCGACACCUCUCGACAACCCCCAGGGCCCUUUCAGCCGACCUUGAUCCUCUCUCAAGCGUCCCAGUGCACCUCAAUAACCAACCCGUCUCUCACCUCAACCCCCCUCCCUCCGACUACGGCCGCACAAUCUUCUCCGACCGCGCCACCGUCCACCUCCACGCCGGCGACGGUGGCCACGGCUGCAUCUCCUUUCUGAAAGAAAAAUACAUCGCCGCCGGCCCUGCCAACGGCGGCGACGGGGGCUACGGGGGUAGCAUCUACAUCCAAGCCGUCCGCGGCGAGACCUCGCUACACAAGCUCGCGCGCCGUAACAUCAUCAAAGCCGGGCGCGGCAAGAACGGCCAGGGCAAGACCCGCGGCGGCGAACGCGGCGACGACGUCGUCAUCCAGGUCCCCGUCGGCACCGUGAUCCGCGAGAUCGAGCGCGUGGACCCGGUCUCUAAUGAGGAGCUGAAACUGCAGUUCCAGGGUGAUGCACCGGAGGGCGAUGUGCGCGAGCACGCUGGGCCGUAUAAAUGGGAUCGUGAUAAGUGGCUGCUCUACCCGGCCAUCACACCGGAAGACAUUGCAACUGCUGACUUCCCGACUCUGCCCCGCGCACGCCGGUCUCACCUUGCUUCCGCGCAGGAGAUGGCCCCGAUCAACCUAGACCUCAGCCAGCCGAUGGAGAAGCCCAUUCUCCUUGCUGCUGGUGCAGUCGGCGGUCUCGGAAACCCGCAUUUCGUCUCCCAGGGUGCCUCGCGCCCAAAAUACGCCACCAAGGGAUCUGAGGGGUUACAUAUUACGCUUGAGCUUGAGCUGAAGCUCCUCGCGGACGUAGGCCUUGUGGGGCUACCAAACGCGGGUAAAUCGACGCUUCUGCGCGCUGUCAGCAACUCGCGCGCCCGCGUGGGCAACUGGGCUUUCACGACGCUACAACCUAAUAUUGGCACCGUGGUGCUGGACAACCACAAGGGUCGCCCAUUGACGGUAUCGAGCUACGAGACAGGCGAGCCACGCACGAAUUACACCAUUGCGGAUAUCCCUGGUCUAGUCAAGGAUGCGCAUCUCGAUCGCGGCCUAGGCGUCUCCUUCCUUCGCCACGUAGAGCGUGCGCGCGUCCUAGCAUUCGUGAUUGACCUUGCCGCCGGCGACGCAGUGACAGCGCUAAAGUCCCUCUGGCGCGAAGUCGGCAUGUACGAGCGGAUGAAGAUCGAAGAGGAAGUAGCGAAAGAGAAGAAAGAACAGAUUGUGAAAUGGAGCCCCAUCCAACAAAACCAGGACAAGGACGAACCCCGUGGCUCUAGUUACCACGAUAAAGUCCCUCGUAGCGAGGAUGCAGGGGGUAUUGCGAGUAAACCUUGGUUUGUGGUGGCGAGUAAGGCGGAUUUGGAGGGGUCGCAGGAGAAUUAUGCGGGGUUGAAGGCGUAUUUGGGGAGGGUUACCAAGGGGGAGGAAGAGCAUCCUAGUGGGCAGAAGGAUGGGUAUGUGAAGGACUUGGUGGCGCUGCCUAUCUCCGCUAUUAAUGGGCAUGGGGUUGAUGGUAUCACGAAGUUGGUUGUGGGUAUGCUUAAUGAGUAAACCGCAGGGGGAAGGAGAGAUAGGGGAUAGAUGUACGAUAUUGUACUGUAUCAUAGAUUUGUAUAUAAUGUAUGAUAGAUGUCAUUAAUCAGGCGAACCACAUACGGUUUAAAUCAACG